AUGGGAAUUGCGGUUCCUACAGCCCGACAUGGCACCCUGGCUGGUGAGGAUCCGCUGAUGAUGGCCAUGGGCCUCCUGGAUGCGGAGCAGGAGAGAGUGGAUGUGGAUGGAAGGCGGAGGAUCAGGGAGUCAGUGGACCAAAAAGCGCAGCAUUUUACUGAAGAAAAGCAGUUCAGACCCAGCCGGUCUCGCACCGGCACCAUUCAGCAAUUCCAGCCCCUCACCUCCGCCGGAUUACAAGCGCCUGCGACUGGCACAGCUCUGCAGUCCCGGCGCCAGGGGUCCGGGCGAGGGAGACCGCGGGCCUGCAGAGAGCAGCAAGCACGCCAGUGUGCAGGCGAGGAGAACUGGGUGGACAGCCGGACCGUCUACGUGGGGCACCGGGAGCCCCCGCCGGGUGCCGAGGCCUACAUCCUGCAGAGGUUCCCGGACAACCGCAUCGUCUCCUCCAAGUACACGUUCUGGAACUUCAUUCCCAAGAACCUGUUUGAACAAUUCAGAAGAAUAGCCAACUUCUAUUUUCUUAUCAUAUUUCUGGUGCAGCUGAUCAUCGACACCCCCACGAGCCCGGUGACGAGCGGCCUCCCGCUGUUCUUCGUCAUCACCGUCACGGCCGUCAAGCAGGGCUACGAGGACUGGCUCCGCCACAAGGCCGACAGCGCCGUGAACCAGUGCCCCGUCCACUUCGUCCAGCACGGCAAGCUCGUCCGGAAGCAGAGCCGGAAACUGAGGGUCGGGGACAUCGUCAUGGUCAAGGAGGACGAGACCUUCCCCUGCGACCUGGUCUUUUUGUCCAGCAGCCGCGCAGACGGGACCUGCCACGUGACCACCGCCAGCCUGGACGGGGAGUCCAGCCACAAAACCCAUUAUGCAGUUCAAGACACAAAGGGGUUUCACACUGAAGAGGACGUCGGCGGCCUCCACGCCACCAUCGAGUGCGAACAGCCCCAGCCCGACCUCUACAGGUUUGUGGGCCGCAUCAACGUCUACAGCGACCUGAACGACCCCGUGGUGAGGCCAUUAGGAUCGGAAAACUUGCUUCUUAGAGGAGCCACGCUAAAGAACACCGAGAAAAUCUUCGGUGUUGCUGUCUAUACAGGCAUGGAGACCAAGAUGGCCCUGAAUUACCAGUCAAAGUCCCAGAAGCGAUCUGCCGUGGAAAAAUCCAUGAACGUCUUCCUCAUCGUGUACCUCUGCAUCCUGAUCAGCAAAGCGCUGAUAAACACUGUCCUGAAGUACGUCUGGCAGAGCGAUCCGUUCCGAGACGAGCCGUGGUACAAUCAGAAGACAGAGUCAGAGAGACAGAGGAACCUGUUCCUCAGGGCCUUCACUGACUUCCUGGCCUUCAUGGUGCUCUUCAACUACAUCAUCCCUGUGUCCAUGUACGUCACCGUGGAGAUGCAGAAGUUCCUGGGCUCCUACUUCAUCGCCUGGGACGAGGAGAUGUUCGACGAAGAGAUGGGGGAGGGGCCCCUGGUCAACACCUCGGAUCUGAACGAAGAGUUGGGGCAGGUGGAGUACAUCUUCACGGACAAGACCGGCACCCUCACCGAAAACAACAUGGAGUUCAAGGAGUGCUGCGUGGGGGGCCACGUGUACGUGCCGCACGCCGUCUGCAACGGGCAGGUGCUCCCCGACACCUCAGCCAUCGACAUGAUCGAUGCCUCCCCGGGCGCCAGCGGGCGGGAGCAGGAGGAGCUGUUCUUCCGGGCCCUCUGUCUCUGCCACACCGUCCAGGUGAAGGAGGACGACGAGGUGGACGGGCCCAGGAAGUCGCCGGACGCAGGGAGACGCAGCGCGUACAUCUCUUCCUCUCCUGACGAGGUGGCCCUGGUCGAAGGCGUCCAGAGGCUUGGUUUCACGUACCUGCGGCUGAAGGACAAUUACAUGGAGAUCUUGAACAGGGACAAUGACGUUGAGAGGUUUGAAUUGCUGGAGAUCCUGGGCUUUGACUCAGUGAGGAGGAGAAUGAGUGUGAUUGUCAGAUCCGCUGCAGGAGAAAUUUAUCUGUUUUGCAAAGGAGCAGAUUCUUCAAUAUUUCCCCGAGUGAUAGAAGGCAAAGUGGAGCAGAUCCGAUCGCGAGUGGAGCACAACGCGGUGGAGGGGCUCCGGACCCUGUGUGUCGCCUACAGGAGGCUCACCCAGGAGGAGCACGAGGGCGUCUGCAAGCUGCUGCAGGCCGCGCGGGUGGCCCUUCAGGACCGGGAGAGGAAGUUAGCGGAAGCCUACGAGCAGGUAGAGAAGGACCUCGUGCUGCUUGGCGCUACGGCCGUGGAGGACCGGCUGCAGGAGAAGGCGGCCGACACCAUCGAGGCGCUGCAGAAGGCGGGCAUCAAGGUGUGGGUGCUCACGGGUGACAAGAUGGAGACGGCGGCCGCCACCUGCUACGCCUGCAAGCUGUUCCGGAGGGGCACGCAGCUGCUGGAGCUCACCACCAAGAAGCUGGAGGAGCAGAACCUGCAUGACGUGCUGUUCGAGCUGAGCAAGACGGUCCUCCGCUGCGGCGCGAGCCUGACCAGGGACAGCUUCUCGGGACUUUCAGCAGACAUGCAGGACUACGGAUUAAUCAUCGACGGAGCCGCACUGUCUCUAGUCCUGAAACCCCGGGAGGACGGAAGCUCCGGCAACUACAGGGAGCUCUUCCUGGAGAUCUGCCGGAACUGCAGCGCCGUGCUCUGCUGCCGGAUGGCCCCCCUGCAGAAGGCCCAGAUCGUUAAGUUGAUCAAAUUUUCAAAAGAGCAUCCUAUCACUCUGGCCAUCGGUGACGGAGCCAACGAUGUCAGCAUGAUCCUGGAGGCCCACGUGGGCAUCGGUGUCAUCGGGAAGGAGGGUCGCCAGGCCGCCAGGAACAGUGACUACGCGAUACCGAGGUUUAAGCAUUUGAAGAAGAUGCUGCUCGUUCACGGGCACUUUUAUUACAUUAGAAUAUCUGAGCUCGUGCAGUACUUCUUUUAUAAGAACGUCUGCUUCAUUUUCCCUCAGUUUUUAUACCAGUUCUUCUGCGGGUUUUCUCAACAGACGCUGUACGACACUGCCUACCUGACGCUGUACAACAUCAGCUUCACGUCCCUGCCCAUCCUGCUCUACAGCCUCAUGGAGCAACACGUCGGCGUGGACACGCUCAGGAGGGACCCUUCGCUCUACAGAGACAUCGCCAAGAACGCUCUCCUCCGCUGGCGGGUGUUCGUUUACUGGACGUUCCUGGGCGUGUUCGAUGCUCUGGUGUUUUUCUUCGGUGCUUACUUCAUGUUUGAAAACACAACAGUGACCAGCAACGGACAGAUAUUUGGGAACUGGACCUUCGGGACGCUGGUGUUCACGGUGAUGGUGUUUACGGUUACCCUGAAGCUGGCGCUGGACACACACUACUGGACGUGGAUAAACCACCUUGUGAUCUGGGGGUCCCUGCUCUUCUACGUCGUGUUUUCCCUCCUCUGGGGAGGAAUUAUCUGGCCGUUCCUCAGCUACCGGAGGAUGUACUAUGUGUUCAUCCAGAUGCUGUCCAGCGGGCCCGCCUGGCUGGCCAUCGUCCUGCUCGUCACCGUCAGCCUCCUGCCCGACGUGCUCAAGAAAGUGCUGUGCAGACAGCUGUGGCCCAGUGCCACCGAGAGGGUCCAGAGGAGCCCGAGCCGCCCAGCCCCGGCCGACACCGCGCCGAGCCCCGACUGGCCUCUCCUGAAGGACCCCGAGCCGCGGCCGAGGCGCGAGUAGCCCGCGGAUAGACCGCGCACGUGGUGUCAGGACCACCUCUCCGAAGUUACCCCCUUGCCUCUCUGUAGACCCCCACCCCAGGCAGCGCCCCUUCCCAGCCCUGGUCUCUCAGACUUCCUGCCUGUCCAGCUGGAGACCCUGCCCCCAUGGCCCAAGGGGAGGCCAGAGGGACAGAUCACCGUGCCAGCCCUUAAGAGCCACACAGUGUGUGCCUCUCCUGGCAGAGAAGGGAGGGAGCACGAUGGAGGAUGCGGCAGAAGCCGUCCCAUUCCUGCACAGCUCGGCGGUGACUACAGAGGACACAGCAUGGAGCCCCGUCCCUCCAUGAGGACAUCUGCUUGGAGACCGCGGUCCGUCCAGGCAGAGGCCGCACCACGACCUCCAGGCCAGGGAAGCACAGCCUGGACGUGCCCUCCGACGUGGGGGUCUGAACCCCCUGCUGCUGAUCUCCCAGUACCCCUGUUUUCUGAACUGGCCGGCAGGCCCCAGUGACCGGCACCACUGACGCUGCUGUCGGAGCCCUGCGCCAGGAAGCUGGCUGAUGCAUCCGAUCCCGAGCCCGCUUCUCUGGGGGGGCCGGCACUGGUGUGUUUGGGGUGUCUCCUCUCCACCCCCCGCUGCCUCUGUGCGGAGGAGGCCACCGUCCAUUAAAGCUUCUCAGCGCAGGGUCUGAGAUACGUCGUCACACCCCCGAGGACCAGCUGGCCGGUUUGCUGUUGCCGGGAACUGCUGGCUUCAGGGCGCUGAGGGGAAGGGUGGGGUCUGGGUGCCCAGGUAGGCAUCUGGCUGUGGUGGUCAGAACCCCUUUCCAGCGUCCCUACCGAGAGUGGCCUCUGGGGGUGGUGCUGUCUCCCCAGGUCUGUGUCGGGCUCCCUGGGUCUGACCAGGUGGCUGGGAAUCCUAAACAGCAGUACCGCGCCCGGGGCCACCACCCUCACUGACCAGGCCUUGCUCCGAGCUGUCCGCCUGGUCCCUGCUCUGCAGCAGGUGCCAGCGGCGCUUUCUUUGGGGUGGGAAACCACCGCCAGGCAGCUGCCGUGUGAAGUCCCUGUGCUUUUCGGUACCUUUAUCUCUGUUUCUAGAAAUAACCCAUUCGACGUAGCCUUAACGGUCCAUAAACAAGACAUUUCAGUCUGAGAUUCAACCUUCAGAUAGUAAAACCGAUGCCUUUUUAGGAAAGCGUCACCCAGAAGCUAAGCGUUGUUCCCCUGCUGGGUUCGCCUGCGGGACUCGGGGACGUCGUGAGCAAACACUGAGUCCUCUUCUGAGAU